AUGGUCGACACAAUCACCGACAGCACUCUCACCCCUCAGCCUCGUGUGCCGCGCACCCACACUUUGCCUACAAUUAUUCAGCUCUUAAAAAACCUCUCCCUACCCAACAUUUUACAAAAAAACAAGAACAUUGAGGCUGACAACGAUGCCAGAUCCGCCAAGACCUUGAAUCAUGCUCUAGACCCAGCUGGUCAUCCUGAGCUGGGAUCAGAAGUCGCUUCAUUGAUCACCAUUGAUCCUGAAGAUCUGGCCCGAUUAAGGAUCCCGUCCUUCUUUGCCUCCAUUCGCGAGCAUGUUUACAACAGUUUGGCGAGGCGCCUAGCCGAUGAUGAACUUAAAGAAAAGGAGGAGAAAAAAAGGAAAGACGACGAUGUCUCUGCAGAAAGUCUCAGACUCUCCAAAAGGCGUUGCAUGGAUGGAACUAAUCAUGUAGAAAGAGUUGUGGGGGAGCCAAUUCCCAUUGAAUUCCCGCAAUCUUUAUAUGACACUGAAAUCUGUGUUGCAGUGCCACUUCCCUUCUUCCUCACCCGGAAUCUCCGAUCUCUGAUUGAUGAAGCUUCAACCCUCCCUACCGUCAAAUCAAACCCUGCACCUGGGGAAACAAAGGGUACUUAUACUAUGUUUGUUCAGGUGUUUGAAACCCAUCAGGAGUUUGAAACUGCACAUUAUCUUGCCUUCCGCUUACGUUAG